UUUGGUUUACGAUAGAUGGAAAUGUUUGUCUUUAUAUCAGAGAAAGUUCAUCAUGAAGGGCAGCCAAUGCCAGGAGAAGAGCAGGAGGACAUUGUAAUGACAAGUACCCAAUCCAGUAUUUUGAAUAUGACUUGCCCAUUGACUGGAAAACCUGUUACUGAGCUUGAAGAACCAGUUCGCAGUGUGGAAUGCAAGCAUAUUUAUGAAAAGAGAAUAAUAAUGCAAUAUAUAAAGUCAUCCAAUCGAUGUCCAAUAUCAGGUUGCCCGAAGAAAUUGCGUGCAGAUAGGGUGGUGCAGGAUGCCUUGUUACUGAUUGAGAUUGAGGAAUUGCGCAAAGUGAACAAAGAAACUGAAGUGGAAGACUUUACUCUCCUUAAUGAAGACGAUUGAUGGUUGAUUGAGUAAAGCAAGAGUAGGAUUUUGUGUAUAAACUUUCAGUCUUGAAAAACUGCAUGAUGUACUGAUUAUAUCCCAUGCAAACUUGGAACACUUAACAGUUAACAUCAGUGAAGUUUAUAUGAUGGUUUUGUAUUACAUAAUUUAUCUCUGCUCAAUGGUUCAGCAAGUUUUGCAUGCUA